AUGCGCAUCUUCAGCCCAGGGCGUUUGCUCUGGUCGUCGUCUCUCCUCGCCAUCGCAUCAGCAUUCCCGGAUGCCGGAGACUUCCACAGCGGUCGCUUGGCCCACGGAAGCUUGCACAAACGAUGUCCAUUUGGCCACGGUCAACCAAUGGUUGAGACUGAGCAUGACAAGCGGUUUCUGUUCGACACGAUGAACUCGCCGAUUGACAUCACUGGCGAGCACGAGUUCCGACCACCAAACUUCGAGAACGGUGACCAGCGUGGCCCCUGCCCAGGUCUUAAUGCGCUGGCGAACCAUGGCUAUAUCUCACGAAAUGCUCCUUGGCUAAUUGUGAUAAAGUUUGCAAAUGUGAUUGAGGCUAUCAACGAAGUUUAUGGCAUGGGCGUUGAUUUGGCCACUGUGCUCGCAAUCAUGGGCACCGUCUGGACUGGAGACCCGCUGUCGUUGGAUCCUAGCUUCUCCAUUGGAGGUCGAGAUACUAAUGUGAACAGCUUGCUUGGAAAUCUUGGAGGGCUCCUGGGCGAGCCUCAGGGCCUUAUUGGCUCCCACAACUUUAUUGAAGCGGAUUCUUCCAACACGCGUGACGACCUCUAUGUCACGGGAAACAACUACGCAUUAAACAUGGACAAAUUCAUGACUUGGUAUAAUAUGUCCAGUGACGGCACCUUCGAUAUGGAUCUCAUGGCCAAGCGCGCGAAACUUCGUUUUCAGGAGACCAUUCGAACCAACCCAAAUUUCUACUACGGACCCGUGACCGGCCUUAUUGCACGUAAUGCCGGCUACAUUUUCCCUGGUCGGCUUUUCCGCAAUCAUUCCCAAGAGAACCCCGAGGGCGUCUUGACUAAAAGCCACAUACGCAAUUUCUUCGGGAUAUACGGCGAGGAACGUAAUCUGACGUACCGUGAGGGAUGGGAGCGAAUCCCCGAGAAUUGGUACAAGACCCCUGUCGACUACGGCCUCAUUCAACUCAAUUUGGACACCAUCGACUGGAUGGCAAAAUACCCGGAGCUCGGGAGCGUUGGAGGCAACACAGGCACUGUGAACAGCUUCGCUGGAGUCGACCUGGCGGACCUAACCGGUGGUGUUUUCAACCUGGCCAACCUGCUAGAGGGUAACAACCUGCUGUGUUUCGUUUUCGAAAUCCUGAAGUUUGCCAGUCCGGACGCUCUUGAUGGACUCUAUUCAACCCUGGCUGAGCCUUUGGAAUGGAUCACUAACACUCUACCUGUGCCCUUGCUCAACAUGACUUGUCCGGCAUUCGAAGAUAUUCAAAUGGGCGGUAAGCCAUUCUGGGAGGCCAUUCAGAAUGACUUCCCCGGCGCUUUGAAGAGUGGCCGUGCUUUCUAG